GGAAGUGCAUGUGUUUAAACACGUAACCCCGUGUAUAAAAACCUAGAUUUUUACACCCUAGAAACCGCAAAAAGUAAAGAGAAGAGAAGAGAAGAAAAGAAGUCGUCCAAAUUCCAGUUAAAAUCCCCUCACCGAUCUCUCUCUUCUUCAAAUCAAUUAAGAUAUGGCGGUAGGUGGAACUGCUCCCCCUAGAGGAAGUGCAGCAGCAGCUGCAAGCAUGCGAAGGAGGAGGACAACAAGUGGUGGAGCUUCAGGAGGAGCAGCUGGGACCAUGCUUCAGUUUUAUACUGAUGAUGCUCCAGGACUCAAGAUCUCUCCAAAUGUCGUGCUUGUUAUGAGCAUUGGUUUCAUUGCUUUUGUUGCCAUUCUCCAUGUUGUCGGAAAGCUUUACCUUGUUCGUCGGGAUGCUUAAUUAGUACACGAAGCUCAGUCUGUUCUGGACAGUGAUAUAGAAUCACUUUAUCUAGACCUUGCAGCAUCGUCUCAGCUUGCAGAUUUGACCAGGAAUAAUCUCAUACUCUGACGGGUGAGUGUUUGGUUUGGAGGUGAUUUUAACUUUUUUUGGGGGUCCAUACAAAAAGCAUGUAUUGGAAUAAGAUUAAUUUUCUUAAUAUAUUUUUUUUUUCAAA